CGCCCGUCGCCUCCCCACCUCCCUCGCUUGGCAUCGCAGCUCGGAGCUCAAGAACAGAAAGAAAUCGUCGUCGAGAAGACAAAGUGGAGUAGGCCAUGUCCAACGUGCCCACCUCCCUCCGCGACUCCUCCCUCACCGUCUUCCGCCUCGCCAUCUCCAGCUCCGACCCCUGGCCCUUUUCUUCCUCCCUCUAGCCAUCAGUCUUUUCUUCUUGACUUCUUGUUCUUGAACAAUCAACCAAGAACCAGGCUCCUCCUUGCUCCGAUUCUCUGGGUCUCGAUCUGGCUUGCCUGCCGACCAUGCACAGCAAGCAGCAGCAGCAGCAGCAGCAGCAGGGGAUGGCGGUGGCGCCCAAGGGGUGCGUGACGGUGCGGGUGGGCGCGGAGGGGGAGGAGCAGCGGCGGUUCGCCGUGCCGCUGGGCCACCUCAAGCACCCGCUCUUCGGCGCGCUGCUGGAGGAGGCCGAGCGCGAGUACGGAUUCAGGCACCAGGGCGCCAUCGCCAUCCCCUGCCGCGUCGACCGCUUCGUCCAGGUCGAGCACCUCAUCGACCAGGACCUCCACGGCAGCUGCGCGCACCACCUCGUCGACCUCGACGGCCGCGGCGGUGCCGGCGCCCCGCACCACCUCCACCUGCCGCGCUUCGUCGGCUGCUUCCGCGCCUGACUCAUCACCUCUCACUUUCGUAUAUCGAGGUGGUUUCUUGUGUUGGUCUUUUGUGAUCUGUCUCGUCCUUCCGUUCUCUCUCGCCUUGGUUUGUGAGGGCUGCAUGAUGCGAUUGGUUUGAAGCUUGUGGCGAGAGAAAUGGAGGACGAUUCAUCUAGACGUUGAUGACGACGAAAAUUGAGAUGAUCUCAAGUGUAAAGAUCUAGAGAGGAUGCUGUUAAACUUUUAGCUCUAGUUUCCUUUUUUUUUCUUUUUAUACGUCAAUAUACUUUGCUAAUAUGCUCUGCAAAAGUGGUUUGUCUGUGUAAAUUAGUAUUUCUUUUUUUUUUUUGGGUAUAGAAUGAUUGUCUGAAACUCUGAAUUGUUUUUUACACUAUUGACAUCACAAACGCGUUAAUGUUAGGGCAAUCGAUUCGUUGUGCUGAGUCGCUUUCUCCUCAAGCCUUUGAUGGGAAAAUAUGAGAAAAAAUAAGCUGUCAAGAUUCCAUCUUGCAGAUGAUUGAUUAA